UUACGAAUAUUUAUAAAAGAGGAUGUUUGUUUUCGAUCCGUUUUGAAAACCUGACUUCUUUCCCUUCUUCACCACUCUGCGCACCACACCCAGCAGCUCGCACGCCGCCUUUGUUUCUUAUUCAAAGUUAGCAGCAACACGCACCCGAUAGGAAAAAGAAGAAGACCAUGUUUGGCAUCAAGUGGAAAGACCGACGGACGCAACGGCUGUUUUAUUCCUAUGGCAAGGACUGGCUUCUUGUCGUUAUAAUGACCGUUGUGUUCUUUGGAAUUGACCUCAUUCCUCCAUUCCACCGUGAAUUCUCACUGCGAGACGAAUCACUCAUGCAUUCUUAUACUGUCCACGAAUCGGUUCCUGCUUGGACCCUCGCGUUGAUCUGUCUCAUUGGACCAAUCGUGUUCAUUGGUCUCGUUGCGUUUUGUUUACAAGGAGGCAUCCAUGAUUUCCAUAGUGGCGUACUUGGACUUUGUCUCGCGUUAUCCAUGACCAUCAUGUUGACUGAUAUUAUCAAGAUCACCAGCGGACGGCCUCGGCCCGAUUUUAUAUCCCGAUGCCAGCCUAGCUCAGACGCCGUCGAUCCGCCCAUGGGCUUGUCGAAUUACACCGUUUGUACAACCCCAAUUGAUUCAUAUGUUAUGAAGGAUGGUUACAAGAGUUUUCCAAGUGGUCAUUCCUCAUUCUCUUUUGCUGGACUCGGAUAUCUUGCAUUCUACAUUGGCGGCAAAAUGCACAUGUUUGAUGAACGUGGGCACACCUACAAGUGCUUUUUGUUUGCAUUUCCGGGAUUGGGUGCCCUGUUAGUCGCAAUAUCACGUACACGAGAUUAUCGACAUCAUUGGCAAGACGUUUUUAUUGGCGCAUUACUUGGUGCCAGUAUUGCAUAUUUUGCUUACCGUCAGUACUAUCCAUCAUUAAUCCACGUACAAUGUGAUACACCCUUUGCUAUGCGGAGCCUCGGGUCAGUAGAUUCACCGGAAUACCAAGGUGCUUCUGGAAGCAGCCCGUAUGAUGAUGAAAGAAGUAUUGGCAGUAACAAUUCCUGGGGUGUGACAACCCAUGAACCAUAUACUGAUGGUUACACUCAACAGCAACAGCAACAACUGCAGCAACGGAGCAAGCCGUCAAGCCCUCAACAAAACGGAGGGGUUCACACAGUGGAUAGAUAUUGAGCAAUAAGAUAACCAGCUAUUCUAAAUCCAAGUUCCAUAUCAACUCGCACAUCCCUUGUUUAGUUUGUAUAAUAAUAGACAGCCCUUGCUUAUCUCUUGUUUUGUCGUCGCCGCUAAAUAUCGCUAUUAUAUGCACAGACAUUAGACAGCCCCAGAAGUGCACACGGUGUGAUGAAUGUCGCUUUACAUACUGCUUUUCUUUUUCCUUUUGUAGCUAAAGGAUGGUGCUGACUGAAUGCUAUGUACAGAUUACUUGGUUGCGGGUAGUAGGAAAAAACGAAGAUAAUGGAAGGGUACUGCUUUAAAACGAUAUUUUCACUCGUCCAUAACUGUAACUUGUUAUUAUUGAAGAGGAUCUUGCUCAUAUGGAAUAGGAUCAUCUUCAAUGCCAAGCUCUUC